GGUUUUAAUUAACAAAAAAAACCCUGGCUGAAUCUGAAGCACCACCAGAGACACUGUCACAUAGAGGCAGAGCUAGGAGAUCACCUCGGUACCGCCACUGCAUGCUCGCGGCGCCUCCCUCCGCCUUUCCUCCGUCUCAGUGAGUGGUUGUUACUGCUCGUUCCCCGUGGUCCGUGCCUCCGUGGUUGUUGCUGCCUGCACGCUGCCGUGCGUCGUCCACCUCCCGGAAUCGAUUCUGCCUCUGCAACAACAGGUAUCGGAUGAAGAUUUGGAUGUCAUCUUCAUCAUCUACCCAUCACAUUUAUAUGUGUAAUAUGUUUAUUCUACUUUGCAUUCUCCAGAUCAUCAUAAAGGGCCCAGCCCUCUGCUUUGGGAAUAUGGAUGAGGAUAAAAUUCUGAGAGUUGGAGAAGAGCUUGAGAGAGAAACGUUGCUAUUACAAGGUGGCUCUCGCUUUUAUAAAUUAGAGAAUCUGAGACCACACACUUGGUAUGAAGUGAAGAUAUCAUAUCCAGCUUCUGUACCAGCUAUUUUCUCCAUACAACUACUUAAAUCGAAAUUGUUGGUGAACAGUAACAGGAGAUUACUCAACACUGAGAAGCUCAUUUUCAAAUCCUAUGGUGAUGAGGAUAAACACAACAUAUUAUUUGUAACUGUGGAGCCAGAGGGGUUUCCAGCAAUACCACAUGUACAAGAGAGGCAGUUUAUUAUCUUCAACAUUGUCUGUGACGAACUAUUAUUAGGCAUACCCCACAAAGCUUGGUGGGUAGUGGCGCUGGCAUUACUCUGUCUAUGCAUUGCAUUCGUCAUCCCUUCUUUUCUUCCACCGUAUUUGUUACCAAAGAACCAAGUGUCAAGGUCUACUCAACAUGUCUCAAAAACUUUUUGACAAGUGAUUCUGAUUAUAACAUGAUUUGAGGCACACCUACAUAUUCAUGUUAGACUGAAGACAAAUUUGGAAUCCACCAGGUUCUUUAUAUAGCCCCAUCAUAUUUUAGAUGUAUUCUGCAUGCAAGAACAGAGGUUCCAUUUUUACUUUUGAUGAUGAUGCUCCUAACAUUAUUUACUACUAUUUUAGAAAUGUGUUACUUCAGUUUUGUUUCUGAUUA